UUGGUUUUCUCCAACCUGAGGAACUGUCGGGAGUCGCGUUCGCUGCCAAUUAUUGUCAUAUUUAGACAGCUACAACGCUGUUUUUUCCCUGGAAACUUUCUAAUUUUGGAGUAAAAUAACACACCGCGGAGGCCAAGUCGCCGAUCGGGGCGAAGGGCGGCGCAAGCAGGCUCAAACAAGCGCUCCAAGUGCUCCCCGCUUCCACGGUUCCAGUCGGUGACAGUACAGCCUCAUCCUCCGCCUCCUCCCCGGACCUCCACAUCCAUGUUGGCGGCCUCAGCCCUCGCACUGGUUCCGGGGGCUUCGAGCCUUUGUUCUCACCGUUGCGGCGCUUGUGGAAGGGAUCGCGGCGUGUUGCGACUCCCUGCUGGUUGUCUUGAGGAUUGUUGACGCUGUUAAAAAAUGCUGCGUAUUUGAAAGAGAGAGAGAGAGAGAGAGCGAGGGGGGAAAAAAUAGGAGAGCGGUCAUGAAUCAAUGCUGGGACGCUGCGGAUCAGCUAAACGGGCUAACAGAUGAUGCAUUAGCUCUCGGGUAAAAGAGUCUUUCAACCCGAUUGUGCAAACUAACGAUUGCUCCAAAUGCCUUGCAUGCAGUUUCAAUAUGCAGAACUUUUUUAGUCCCACUUGAAGCACUGUUGCAAUUUCCCCCCAAAAUGGAUCUCGGAUGGAAAAAUGGAUGUCCGGCUCAACUACCCUAUGGAAGAUACUUGCUGGGGGUUUGGGUUGUGGUCCACUUGCUCGUGUUCGCCCACUCCUCGCCACCUAAAGCCUGUGACAAGCCGUGCAUGUCCGGGAAAUGUCUCAACGGGUCGUGCAUGUGCGAGCCAGGCUGGGUGGGAGACCAAUGCCAGCAUUGCCAGGGCAGGUUUAAGUUGAGCGAGCCCUCGGGCUUCCUGACGGACGGCCCGAUCAACUACAAGUACAAAACAAAGUGCACCUGGCUGAUCGAGGCCUACCCGAACGGCGUGCUUCGCUUACGCUUCAAUCACUUUGCUACGGAAUGCAGCUGGGACCACAUGUACAUUUAUGAUGGAGACUCCGUAUACGCUCCCCUGGUUGCCGUUUUCAGCGGCCUCAUCGUACCCGAGGUGCGGGGGAACGAAACGGUUCCCGAAGUGGAGACGACGUCGGGCUAUGCACUGCUGCACUUCUUCAGCGACGCUGCCUACAACUUGACCGGAUUUGAAAUCUUUUACUCGAUCAACUCGUGUCCCAGCAACUGCUCGGGCCACGGGAAAUGCACGCCGGGCAAUUCGGCGGCCAGCCGCGUGUACUGCGAGUGCGACAAGUACUGGAAGGGGGAAGCCUGCGACAUCCCGUACUGCCGCAACAACUGCGGCAGCCCCGACCGCGGCUACUGCGACCUCACCGGCGAGAAGCUGUGCGUUUGCAACGACAGCUGGCAAGGUCCGGACUGCUCGCUCAGCGUGCCGUCCACCGAGUCGUUCUGGGUGUUGCCCAGCGUCAAGCCCUUCGGCACCUCUCUGGGCCGAGCUUCCCACAGGGCCGUGGUGCAGGACAAGGUCAUGUGGGUGGUGGGCGGCUACACCUUUAACGUCACCUCCUUCCAGAUGAUCCUCAACUACAACCUGGAGAGCGGCGUUUGGAAUACGGUGCCGGUCAACAACGGCCCCGUGCCCAGAUACAGCCACUCGCUCUCCUUCUACCAGGAGGACAUCUUCAUGUUCGGCGGGAAACUGGAGUCCGGCUGGGCCAACGUAACGGACGAGCUGUGGGUGUUCAACAUCCCCGCCCGAGCGUGGCAGCGCAAGUAUCCCGUGGCGGGCUCGCCCGCUCAGGUGCACAUGUACGCGGUGGAAGGUCACACGGCGCACUGCGUCGUCCUGGACAGCGGCGAGGCGGUCAUGCUAGUCAUCUUCGGCUACUCGCCCCUAUACAGCUACAUCAGCAACGUCCAGGAGUAUAAUCUGAGAACCAACACUUGGACGGUGCCGGAGACGAAAGGUGCCAUUCCGCAAGGCGGUUACGGCCACACCAGCACCUAUUAUCAAGCCAGCGGCAGCGUUUUUGUCCACGGAGGCUACAAGCUGCUGCCGACCAGCAAGUUUGGCCUGGUGGAUGACCUCUACCGCUACGACGUCAACACUCGCACCUGGUUCAUCCUGCGAGAAAGCAGCUCCCCUCGCUACCUCCACUCGGCCGUGCUCCUCAGCGGCACCCUGCUGGUCUUCGGCGGCAACACGCAUAACGAUACGUCGCUAAGCAACGGCGCCAAGUGCUUCUCGGCCGACUUCCUGGCGUAUGACAUCGCGUGCGACGAGUGGAGGACCCUGCCCAAGCCCGACCUGCACAGGGACGUCAACCGCUUCGGACACUCCGCCGUGGUCGGCAACGGGUCCAUGUUCAUCUUCGGCGGCUUCUCCGGCGUCCUGCUCAACGACGUGCUGGUGUAUCGGCCGCCCAGUUGCCGAGCUUUCCCCACAGAGGAGGGCUGCGCUCAGGCCGGCCCGGGCGUGCGCUGCAUCUGGAGCAAAGGCCGCUGCCUGCCCUGGGAAGCCGGCAUGAGCACGGGCAGCAUCAGCCCCGCCCCUUUUUGUCCUGCAAAACCAGCUACCGUGGACGAGCUCUGCUACCGCUUCUCGGAUUGCACCAGCUGCACGGCAAACACCAACGGAUGCCAGUGGUGCGACGACAAGAAGUGCAUCUCAGCGCACACCAACUGUACUCUUAACAUGCGGAACUUCACCGCCUGCCCCGUGCGCAACGAGCGGGUGUGCAGCAAGCUGGCCAACUGCAAGAGCUGCUCGCUCAACCUCAACUGUCAGUGGGACCAGAGCCAGUCCGGGUGCCACGCCCUGCCCGCACAACAAUGCAGCGACGGCUGGAGUCAAGUGGGCGAGGCCUGCCUGCGGAUCAACUCCAGCCGCGAGAGCUACGACAACGCCAAGCACUACUGCAAGAAUCUCCAGGGCAACAUCGCCUCGCUCACCACCGCCAAGCAGGUGGACUUUGUUCUGGACGAGCUGAAGAAGCUGCAGCGGCUGGACAAGCGCUUGUUGCCUUGGGUGGGCCUGAGGAAGAUCAACGUGUCGUACUGGGGCUGGGAGGACAUGUCGCCUUUCACCAACACCAGCCUGCGCUGGCUGCCUGGCGAGCCCAGCGACUCCGGUUUCUGCGCCUACCUGGAAGAACCGCAAGUGUCGGGCCUCAGGGCCAACCCGUGCACCGCCACGGCGCACGGCCUCAUUUGCGAAAAAGCCACGGGAAACCCCAAUCAGAGCUCCCGCCUGCCCUGCAAGAAGCCGUGCUCGCUGCACACCACCUGCUCCAACUGCACCAGCCAGGCCACGGAGUGCAUGUGGUGCAGCAGCGCCCAGCGCUGCGUGGACUCCUCCGCCUAUGUCAUCUCCUUCCCUUACGGCCAAUGUCUGGAGUGGCAGACGGGAGAGUGCCUGGCCCAGAACUGCUCGGGUCUGCGGACGUGCGGCCAGUGCCUGGAGCAGCCCGAGUGCGGCUGGUGCGCCGACCCCAGCAGCACGGGCAAGGGGCUCUGCACCGAGGGCUCGUACCGGGGUCCCAUGAAGAAGCCGGCCAAGCAGGGCCAGUCCCACGACAUGAGCCUGGAGCCCGCCGUCUGCCCCAAAGACAAAGGCUACGAGUGGUCCUUCAUUCACUGCCCCGCGUGUCAGUGCAACGGCCACAGCACGUGCACCAACGGCAGCGUGUGCGAGCAGUGCCGCAACCUGACCACCGGCGUUCACUGUCAGACCUGCAUGGUCGGUUACCACGGCGACCCUACCAACGGCGGCAAAUGCCAAGCCUGCAAGUGCAACGGCCAUGCGAAUAUGUGCCAGGUGCUAACUGGCAAGUGCUUCUGCACCACCAAGGGCAUCAAAGGGGACCAGUGCCAGCUGUGUGACUCAGAAAACCGUUACCUUGGCAAUCCACUCAGGGGAACCUGUUACUACAAUCUACUCAUCGACUACCACUUCACCUUCAGUCUCAUCCAAGAAGACGAUAACCACUACACGGCCAUCAACUUCAUGGCCUCGCCCGAGCAGGCCAACAAGAACUUGGAAAUGUUCAUUAAUGCCUCCAACAACUUCAACCUCAAUGUCACCUGGUCCGUGGGAUCGACAGCCGGCACCAUCUCGGGCGAGGAGGUGCCCAUCGUGUCCAAGAACAACAUCAAGGAAUACGGCGACAGCUUCUCCUGUGAGAAGUUUACCUUCAGGACCAACCCCAACAUCACCUUUUAUGUCUACGUCAGUAACUUUUCGUGGCCCGUCAAGAUUCAGAUUUCCUUUUCCCAACACAACAGCAUCAUGGACCUGGUGCAGUUCUUUGUGACCUUUUUCAGUUGUUUCCUGUCGCUUCUGCUGGUGGCAGCCGUGGUGUGGAAAAUCAAGCAGACCUGCUGGGCGUCGCGGCGCCGAGAACAACUCAUGAGGGAGCGUCAACAAAUGGCCAGUCGUCCUUUUGCUUCGGCUGCCGUCGUGCUGGACGCCAGAGGAGGCGAGCAAACGGAGAUGCUGCCGCCCAUGGCUGACGGUGCGCCAAAACCCGUCGCCAUGGAGCCGUGCUCCGGAAGCAAAGCUGCCGUGUUGACCGUCCUGAUGCGGCUGCCGUCGGGACCAACCCGCUUGCCUCCGCCGGGCCAGUCAGGCCUGAUCGUCGCCAGCGCACUGAUCGACGUUUCCCAGCAGAAGCCGUCGGAUUUCAAGGAGAAGUCGCUGGGCCUGAAGAACCGCAAGGCCCUGGCGCCGACACACCAGGGCACCUGCGUCUGAGCGCCGUCUUCGGCGGUCCCGUACCAUCGCCGAUUCCCGGCGGACGUCGUUCCCUCGUCGACGCGGAAUAUAGCCAAUUUGGCCGUGACGCUCGACUUCCGCGGGGACGGAAAUGAAGAAAACCCCCCCCCCCCCCCGACGAGCGCAACCAUACUUGACCUUUCCCUGCGUCGAAGGCUUUGACACCCCCGCAGGACCCGAAGAGCUUGCAAACGGAGGAUUUUUUUUUUCAAGUUUGACUUCGUUUGUGUUUCAAUACCUCCACGUUCCUUUUGCUCGGCAUGAGUAAAAAAAAAAAAAAAAACUAAAAAAAAAACAUUAUCGCUAUGCAGUUGAUUUAAAGCUGGGCCUGUUACAUGCUGCCCGAUUCUUCUUCCUUUAUUUUUUGUUUAUGCACGGCCACAAGUGUUUCACGGUGCUAUAAGCUCCUCUCGUUUGCUGCCUGAAGGAAAUCCCGCACACUCCGACGUGUCUCGUUUAGCAUUUAAGACUGGAAAAUGUCGUCGGGUCGCUUUUUGGGACACGAGGCGACGUCAUGCACUCGAAGCGCGGACAUUCUGCUUCUGGCUGACUUUGUUUUUUUGUAUGACUUGACCCCGCCGUCCGUCCCCCUUUUUUGUAACGCGGACGGCCCGAUUUUCAAAGCUGUUUGAGUCUUUUGUCACUCUCUUCUCUUGAUAUUUCCCGUCGUUUGUCCGCUUUCUAUGACAGAUUGGGCCAGAUAUUUUCAUUUAUCCCUUACUAUAUUUACCACGCAAUUGUGAAAAAGAAAAAGAGCCUUUCUGUUGAUGUUUUGAUAUUUAACACGAUUCCUGUGUAAUAGCACAUUGAAAAAAAAAUUUUGAUAGUUGGUUGUUUUUUUAAAACACCGUUUGUUGUUUUUUUUAAAACCACCCUCCCCCCCUUCCGGGCAUUGUGGUGCCUAAAAUGGUCAUUCUGUUACAUCUCUUAAAAUCAGAUUAAGUCAGCUAACCUGUUCCUAAUUGUGUGUCUUUGUAGUGUGAUCAUCUGACGGUGUCAUUACACAGGAAUCAGGGUCUUGCUGGAAACAAAAAGGAGAGAGUUGAGGGAGGAGAAGAAAAAAAAAAAAGCAAGCGACGCUAGAGACUGCCUGUCAGUAAUUAUCAAUGUAUUUUAAGAAUGAUUGACAUGAUUGAAUAUUAAAAAAGACCAGAUAAA